AUGGCCGCCACUUCCUCCAAGACGCCGAUCUGGCUUGACUGUGAUGCAUAUGCCCUUCUCCUCUGCGCGCACGACCCGCGCGUUGAGUUGCUUGGUGUGAGCACCGUCCACGGCAAUGCCGCGCUAGAUCAGACAACCUACAAUACGAGGGCCAUCCUGGAGGCAAUCGGUCGGCGCGACGUCAAGGUCUACUCGGGCGCAUCAAAGCCCAUCGUACGCAGUGCCGUCCACGCUGCCGAUAUUCACGGCGAGUCGGGCCUCGAUGGAGUCACCCUGCUUCCCCAGCCAGUCGAGCCAACAGCUACCGAUGUCGGUCAUCUGGAAGCCAUGUACCGCGCCCUCAUUGCCAUGCCACCGAAUACCGCUUGGCUUGUAUCAACUGGUACACUGACCAACAUUGGACUGCUGUUCCAGAAAUACCCUGAUCUAGCAGGGCAUAUCAAAGGUCUCAGCAUCAUGGGAGGCGCUGUCGGUGGAAGCUUCACAGAUGCUCCAAUGGGAACCGUCAAAGGCGAGGGUGAAAGAUUUGGCAAUUGGACACCAUAUGCAGAGUUCAAUUGCGAUCCGGAAGCCUCCCACUUCAUCUUCUCACACCCCGUCCUGAAACCUAAGACGGUGCUGAUCCCACUCGAUCUGACCCAUCAGGUCCUCGGUACAAAGAAAGUGCGGCAAACGCUGCUUUACGGAGAUGAGGUUUGGGAUCCCUCGUUUAACAAGACCGACUAUACGCCCUCAGCUUUGCGUGCCCUGUUUACCCAGAUCAUGUCGUUCUUUGCUGGAACGUAUGCCGAGGUGUUUUCCAUUACUGAAGGGCCGCCAUUGCAUGAUCCUCUCGCUGUCGCUGCUGCCUACAACCCAGACAUUUUCGACGACAAUGGCGGCGAACGCUUCCAGGUCGGCAUAGUUACUGAGGGCAUCCACUCGAUCGACCAGACGCAAGUCGGAGAGCUCGGCCGGACAAAAGUCACAAAGCUUCCUAACGGGGAAGGUGGCUGUAGGAUACCCCGACAUGUCGAUCUUGACCAAUUUUGGGGAAGCAUCGAGAGCUCAAUGAAGUGUGCCGUUGCCGUCAGCCCCAUGCCAAAAGUAUCGAUACAGGAUCUGGAAAAAGCCGGCGUGUUCAACGGCGUUGAAAAGCUACAAUUCCGGCAUCGACGGGAUUUGGACAUGACCGAAAAGUAUCCCAUAGAAGAGCCUGGUUUGACUACCAAUUGCACUCCCACCUUGAUUGCGACGUACUGUCAACGCCGCGCAUUUGCUGAUAUAUUCUGGUUGAAAUGCGCACAGAGCAAGUAUGCUAAGCUUGGCGGUCCAAUGGUCAAGGGUUUCCGCUCCCCUGGUUUCUUGGUGUUCUUCGCGGGACAAGAAAUCGGGACGUCGGCAGCCAUUAACGGUCUUCUGUCUGCAUGCUAA